AUGAUCAACAACCCUAAACUCAAAGCUAAAUCGAAGGAAGAGAACUCCUUAGAGCCUCUACUCUCUCCUUCCCAUGAGGAUGUCCCAAUGUGGAAUAUUUUACCGUCAUACCAACUUUACCAGUCCACGUUCUCCAAGAAUAUUCUGCUUUCGAACGAGGAUUUAGCAUUUGAACCACCAAAGUAUGAAGACGCACCAGAACUGACUGACUAUUUCUCGGGAGUGUCUCUUCCUCCUACCCAGGACAGAACUAUAUCUCCAACAGGGUCUCUUAAUAGUGCACACUCUACGCCGAUCAACGGGAUUAAUGAAAUUCCCACCAGGUAUGAAAACUCAAUCCAUGGCAACUCUCAUAAGCUUAAACGUUUGGGACAUACCAAAUCCUGCUUAAGUAUUGCAAUGGAAGUUACUAGGAAACUUGGUAAACUUGGAGAAGCUCCAGAGAUUAUUGAUCCCAAAACUGUAGAAUUUACCCAGGGUGAUACCAUAAAUGGAUUCGUAACUGUAACGAACCAGUCUUCUAAACCUGUCCCAUUUAGUAUGUUUUUCGUGGUGUUUGAAGGUAAGAUAUCGGUUCGUAAGCCAGGAGGUGGUGACAUCAACGACCCAAAGUAUACAUUGAUCUUCUACAAGUUCCUCAAUAUGUUUGAUUAUAAUGCUUCGUGGACCCCAGCAGAUAUUGACUCUACUUUUAAUGAAGUUUCGGUUGAUCCUUUUGACAAUUCAGUUCUUAAACUCAAAUUAGACAGGGUUUUUGAGCCUGGAAUUAAGUAUAAGAAGUUUUUUAGUUUCAAGAUUCCAGAGAAAUUACUAGACUGUGCCUGUGAAGACCAUAAUUUGCAAUACCAUUGUGAAGCUCCUCCCUCAAUUGGAUUGCCUAGAGAUCAGUUCUUAUUGGAAGUGAGAAAAUUAAGAAGAGGCCAAGGUUCUCACGGAAAGAUUCUUCACCAGGGUGAUGGGUUAGAUGAAGUCAUGAAGUCAACUAUCAAGGACUUUUCCUUCCCUGAUACAGCAAUCAGUUACAGUGUAGAAGUUCGUGUUGUAGGGAAGGCAUCUGAUCAUCCUGAUGUAUUUGAUACCACCCAAGGAGAUGAGUUUAUUAUGGUUGAAGAAGCAAGUUGCUUUGUUAGAUUCGUCCCCUAUGAAAGAAUCAACAAAGGAAUUGACAAAAAGCAAUUGCUCAGAGAAUCUAGGUUGGUUUAUGAAGAUCUUGUCAAAAGAAUAAGGGAAGUCAUUGAUUUGGGGAAAGAGUUGGCAAGUCUUAGAGAUCUAACUUUAUCACCAAUUUUAAACUCAAAACCUACUUCAUCCUCGUCUUCAUCUUCAGAUGUGAACAUUCAAAAGAGGCCACAGCUAUACAGUAGUAAAAGUGAAGAGCUUUCACUGUUGAUUGCUAAGAGUGCAGAUUUGUAUGAAGUAUCUACAAAUUGUUAUAAGAAGCAGAUUUCAGCGCCGAAACUCCUUGGUGAGUUCAUAAUACAAACCCCAAGAUUUGAAUACACCUUACCGUAUCAGACUCCUCAGCGAUUCACAUCCUUUUCGCCCCAGCCUUUAAUCAAGGGAAAUGGGGGUAUAAAUAUCCCAUUAACGUUCAUAUUUAAGCCAGCGUCUGCAGUCGCUCACUUUAAACCCCCCGAAAUCAAACAGUGCUCAGUUGAAUUAAUUGCAUUUACGUAUAGAUCGAAAAAGUAUCCAGUUGCCAUAGACAUAUAUCAUGAUUUAAUCUUCCAAAAUAAACGAGGGAAACAUCAACAAUCAAAUGAUAACUUUGAUCAUUACGUUGUUCAACCGUUCCAGAUCUAUUUGGAAAAAAUCACAAAUCUUGCUAAAGUAUGGGGAUGGGAAAACUUGAACAUUUCUAAGCAAUUGAUUCUUGAUAUUAAAAGCGUUUCCAAUUUGCAACCAAAGUGUAACGUCACUAAGGUUGAAAAUUUCAAGUUUGGAGUUGGGAAGUGGUCACAAGCGAGGGCUGAAAAUAGCUCUGACGUGUUCAUGAGCAAAAGCAACUUGGCGGUUGAUCUUCGAAACUUAAAGGGAGAAAAGGGUGAGGAUUGUUGUUUACUCCCAAGCUUCCAAAGUUGUAUUAUUGGAAGGUUAUACUAUCUAAAGGUGUCGAUUCACUUACAGCAUGCUGAGCCCACGAUAAUAAAGAUUCCAAUAUCCAUAGAAAAGAGUCCUAGUGUGUGA